UGGUGGGACUCAGUAGGUCAGAUGGAUGGUUGGGCUUGAUGAUCUUGAAGGUCUUUCCCAACAUAAACGAUUCUGUGAUUCAGUGGAGGUGGCUUUGUGGUGCAGCGCGUUGCUGUCCUGUUUACAGGGAAAACAAAGAGGUUGUGGCUGUAAGGUCAACGCGCCUGCACCGCUCCUGUUAACUCAAUCUUCAGAUCUCACGUUUGUGCUGCUGACCGGGUGUGUUUUCACUACUGCCCCAUGGCGAGUGGCAACUAGCCCCAGCAGAGGGGCGAGGCAGCAUUUACACGAGACUGGCCCCAUGGUAUGCGCGGCCUCCAUACCCAGCGAGCCGGGCCCGCCCGCGUUGCCUUGGGGACGGAGCCAGCGCGGCGGCCGCCAUCAGCUCCGAGCAGAUUUGGGAAAAAGCUUUCCCGGUCUCCAGGAGUUUUCUGUUGGCUGUUUCUGUGGAGGGCGGCUGGCUGGAACCCGCUCUCACCGAUGCAAAGUCACCUCUUCCUAACAGAGAGGAAAAUGAAAAAUGUUGCUGCUUUAACUUCUGCUUGUAGUAGUAGAGGAAUCAAAGGAAAAAUGGAACCAACAAAGGGAGUGAUGAAAUCCCCACAGGAGUCUCACGAUCACUUUCUUUUGGAUAUUCCUGUCACCAGAGAGCAGAUGAACCGCUAUCGAGCUGCAGCAGAGACUGCUCAAAGCGAACUUGCAGCACUUUCAGUGAAGUAUGAUUGUGCUCAAUCAGAGCUUCUAGAACUCAGGUCCAGAAUGGUCUCUAAGGAAGCCUCUUUUCAAGAGCUGAAGGCUGAAGCUGAACACUACAAGGAAAACAAUGCUAGACAGGCAUCUCUUCUCCUGUCUUUGCAAGCCCGAGUUCGAGAGACAGAGGAAGAGUCCAGUAUGCUUGCCACUUCUAAAAAACAGGCUGAGCUGACAGCACAGGCAGCAUCCAAAGAAAACUGUGAGCUGAAGGAGAAACUUCAUGAGCAAAAUGCCAAACUUAAUAAAUAUUUGAACGAGUGUGAAGAAAGUAAGACACAAGCUUCUAAUAUCAGCAGAAAGUAUGAAGAGCUCCUUUCACAGCUUUCUGAAUUCCUGGACACAGACAUCAGAGAGAAAGAGAAACCACAGGAACACUUAAUGUCAAAGGUCUGUGAAAUUUGUAAAGAAAAUCUGGCACUAAAGGUUCAGGUUGCUGCUCUUCAAGAAGCUAUCGAUGGCCAUGAGAUGGAGUCCAAGGCUAGCAGAGAAACUAUCAUGAGGCUUGUUUCAGAAGCAACCAAAGAGCAGAAAAAGGCAGCAGGAUACUAUCAAGACAUGGAAAAACUUAGUAAGGAUCUUGACAGUGCUAGAAUAGCAAGACAGAGUUUGGAGGCGGACAUCAGAAACCACCAAGAUAAACUCACUGCUAACCAGAAAGCUUGGGAAGCUUCAAAGCAAGAACUUCACACUCUGAAGAAAUCUUUGAGUGAGCUGGAUGAAAGUUUGAAGAGCAGCAAAGAAGAGGCCAGGACUGCUCAAAGUUCUUUGGUGGCUUUCAAAGAGCAAAUUGCUGCCCUUCUCAGCAGUGGAUCGGCAACCGUUAAACCCUCUGGGAAAGCUAUUUUGGAGAGGAUCCAGGAAAUAAACUGCAAAGAGGAGAGUAAAGAGAUAAUGGUAUCUCAGUUUGAAACCCAAAUAGCUAAAUUGACUGAAAGUUUGGAAAAUCAGACCAGAUUGUAUCAAGAAGCUCUGGAGAGAAGCAGAAAAGCUGAAAAACAAUCGGAGACCUUCCAGGAUCAACUGAGAAACUUGGAAGAGGAAUUGCUGUCUAUAGAUAUGAUGCAAGAUGGUUUGAAGCUUGAGAAACAAAAAUAUCUGAUAUUUCUGGAGCAACUUAAUGAGAAGAUGAAGCUGGAUAGUGUAGCAGCAGAUGUUGGAUUUGAUAUGAAUGUGAAUGCAAUUCUAGCCCGGGUAGAACAGUUGGUCAAACUGGAAGGUGAUGCAGUGAUUGAAAACAAGACUAUGGCAUAUAGCCUAAGAAGGAAGUUGAAGACUCAGAAAGAAAAGCUUGAAAGCAAAGAGUUGCACAUGAACCUUCUGCGGCAGAAAAUAACCCAGCUGGAAGAAGAGAAGCAAGUAAGGACAGCCUUAGCAGUGGAGAGGGAUGAGGCCAAUCUCACUGUCAGAAAGUUGCACAAGAUGAUAGAGAGGUUACAGAAGCAGCUUGAUCUGGCCAGGGAAACAAAUACUGAUCUCAAAGCCAAACUGUCUGAAACCAAUGAACUUAAGAUCCAGACUUUGGAGCAGAACAGAACAAUAGAAGAACUUAAUAAGUCUCAAGGCAAACUGGAAAGAAUGAAAGAAAAGGUUGAGAAACAACUAAAUUCUGUCAAAUCUGAACUUCAUUUAAAGGAGCUUAAAGCUACUGAGGAUAAAGAAAAAGCAAAAAAUAUGCUAGAAGCAGUUUCCAGUGAAAUGAAGGUGCUUAAAACAACCCUUGCAGAAUUAACAAGAAGAGAAAGACAGCUGGCAGACUUCCGAGAGGUGGUCUCACGGAUGCUGGGCCUCGAUAUUGCCAGCCUUGCUCUGCCUGACUACGAGAUCAUUACACGUCUUGAGGGGUUGAUUCACUGUCAUCAGCACCAUUUUAUCACCUGUGUCUGUCUCAAAGAUGUGGCAAGGACACAAGAUGAACAUACAAUUUCUUCAUCGAAACACACAUUUUGAGGAAAUCUAAGUAAAAUUCUCUUUUGUUCUUCCCUAUUUGCUAGAUAUGCAUAAAAAAUAGAUCCUUAUUUCUAUUCCCUGCUCUACAGAUACCUACUUGGACUGAUUUUUAGUGUUUCAGUAGAGACUCUGAGCCUAAUUGUUAGUAUAUAGC